AUAGACUGUCACUAUCGCAACAUCACUCACUACCUACUACUACAAACAUCGUCUCUCCGUCAUCUUGGUCAACAUCAUUUUGUUUAGUCUAAAUUCAUAUAAAUAAGUGGAAAUGUUUUGUUUGUGUUGCUAGAAUAACAUAACAAUAUAAAAUAUAUUUUAUUAGGUACCUAUUUACCAGUUUUAGUUUAUUUGAAUAUCUAAGUAGGUAGGUAGGCAUAGUUUCUUUACUUUUUAAAAAUGUCACAAGAUAUGAAUAUGUGUAAAAUAUGUUUCGCUAGAAAUGUCCGGUUUUGUAAAAUAGCUAACACUCCUUUCAAACAAGUAUAUGAGAAGUUGAUGUACGGUCGUUUCAUCAUCGAAGAGUCAUGUCCAGUGGUAGCCUGCCCCCGCUGUUAUACUAUGCUAAUCAAAUGGAAUGAGUUACUAGAGAUAUCAAUCCAAUCGGAGGCAUUGCUCACUGAGAUAUUAAGUCAGUUCCCCGAGGUCACACCACAAACUGUAUCUAUGAUUGAUCGCAAAGCACAUAACUUACGUUCACCCCUAAACGUUACGCCAGUGAAUUAUUUUGACACUUCCACAUAUUUUGUUCCGAUUUUAGUAAAAGAUAAGGCUAAGUUUAAUGAUGAAUCUAAGUUUAACAGCAAGAAUGAUAUUACAGAGAAUCCUGAAACUGGAGCAGUGUGCAGGCUAUGCCUUGUAACAGAUGUGAAAAUGUGCACCAUAGCCGAUACUCCUCUGCAGUGUAUUUACGAGACCGUUACAGAUAACCUUCUCCAAACUACUGACAAGAGGCCCACAACAGUUUGUUACAUAUGCUGUGCUCGUUUGAAGAAAUGUCGCAGAUUAAUUCAAAGGUCUAAUGAUGCGGAGAAAAUCAUUAAGGAUAUAAUGGAAAAACAUUCCCAGGUGACAACGAAAUUGGUAGCAAAAAUUGACCGAAAGAAGUAUAACCUAUAUGAUUCGCUGACAACAAGACCCGUUGAGAGUGUUGACUUGCUCGAUCACCGACAAACAGAGGAUCAACUGGAAAUGGAAAUUGAAGUGAAGAUUGAGGUGGAACCAGACUUGUACGUUGGCUCCCCACAGGCAGCCGAUGUCGCAGCAUCUGACGCGGAAUGUGACGACGACAAGUCGAAAUCAGCUGUUCGUGUUGAAUCGUGGACUGGUGACGUCACCACCGUAGAAGGUGGCGUUACCAAAGAGGCACCGAAACUUAGAAGGCGAAGGAAAUGCACUGAAAAGGCCAGAAACUUAAGAGAAACUGACACGGACGAGCAAAAAAAGGAGAAACCUCGGAGAGUGUACAAAAAGAGAAUACGCGCCUACAUACAUGUUUGCGAGAUUUGCCAACGUGUGUUUAAUCGAACGAACCAUCUGAAGGAUCACAUGAAAAUCCAUACAGAUGAAAGGCCUCACCAGUGCAGCGUGUGUCAGAGGCGUUUUAUACAGAAAAUCAAUUUGAAGAAUCACAUGAUGACACACACCGGUGAGAAACCAUACGUGUGUCAAAUUUGCAGAAGCAGUUUCAUAGCGAAGUCUGAUUUUAAAAGGCAUAUGAAUACACACAACGAGGAAAGGAAUUUCGAAUGCGGCUUGUGCCAUAGGAAGUUUACUCAGCUGCCGUAUUUGAAAGCGCACAUUAGUACACACACCAGUGAGAAACCGUAUGAAUGUCACGUUUGCCAGCGGCGGUUCAGUCAAAAGCCGUAUCUGAAAAAUCAUUUGAAGAGGCAUGCUGAUCGUGAGCAGGUGUAAAAUUUUGUUUAGAAAUCUCUACUUUUUUAUCCCCUUUCUUUCUUAGUCAUAGCCUCGGAGCCCAGGGUCCACAUUCUUGCUUUUUCUUCGUACGGUCUUAUAUCGGCGUUUUUCCGGUUCCUUCCUUAGCCAUACAACGUCGGAGUCCAGGAUCCGAAUACUUACUUUUUCUCCUCCACUUUACAUGGUCUUCAGCUCAGACCAUAGACGCGCUGAUGCGCAAGGAUGAUUCCUUGACGGCAUCUAGGACGAGACAGAAGCGGCAUAGCCAAACAUAACAACGAAUGCCAAAAUGAGAAAAGUUGUUUUUGUAGUGAUGAAAAUUGAGUGUAAAAUAUAAAUUUAUUUAUGACGGAGUAAGAUUGGCGGUGCUAUAGCAGAAAGCGAGUGAAUUUUAUUACACAAAGUGAGAAUGUAUAAAAAAAGAAAACCUAAAAAAAAUUAAGAAGUUGAUAAAUUACAAAUUGAUAAAAAUUAAGAUAUUUGACCCCUAUGUAAUGUAUAAACGAUGAGGGUCGAGUGGAGUUGAAAGAUAUAUAAAAUUAGUUGUCCUAGAGUCGUGAACGUCCAUGGACGCGGCGCUACAGGCGCUGACAGCGACAACGUGGCCGGUCUGGUAUUGAUAGUUCCACAUGUCGCCGCACGACUUCCUUCAUAGCGGGAAUUUAUUAGUUUUGUCUUUUUUUUUGUAAUAUAUACUUUAAAAAAUGUUCACUGGUGGACUUAUCCCAGGGAAGAGAUCUCUAUUUGUUUAUAUUAAUAUGUUUCAAGUGAUAUAAAAAGUGUUUAAAAUUUAAUAUAAUGAACCACUAAUUUACAAUAUUAUUUUGUCUAUUUUUUUGACAAAGUAAAAGCUUUAGGUUAACUAAGAUAUAGUGCAUUGGGUAAUUCCGACAGAAAUGUCAAGAGAUGACUAAAAUAUAUAUGUUUGGGUUAAUUAUUCGAAGUUAUUUUAUAUUUACUGUCAUUAUCGUUUUACGUCUAUGUACACAAUAAAAUGAUAUGUUAGAAUCUUAAACAAAUUAUUAGGUUCUUCCAAAUAAGCAUUUAAAAUGAGCAUAUGAUGAAAUCAAAUAUUCAGAAUCAUAUCUUUUCGUAUAAGAAUUACGAACUUUCUUCUGGGAUAUUAUAAAUCAACAAAAAUCCCGCGAAAAUAACGUAAACUGGAAAAGUUAUGCUACUGACGGUAUUUUUGACAUUAAUGCCUCACGCUAACUAAUGCGGCGCCAAUCAAGAUGGCGGCUAGGUUAUUGUUGGCACAAGGAAAUAUCGCUCAGAUAUUUUUUAUCUUUAUUUCGGAAUAUACCCGUUUUCGGUAUCACCCAAUGCACAUUAUAAGAUUUACGUAAUAUAUUCUGUCUACUUAUUAUAGUAAUGUCAUUAGAUUUAAAAAUCCAAUGAGAUCAUUACCUAGUAAUGAGAAAGUGCGAAGUUUCAAGCAACCAAUAAAAUUCGUCAUUUAUUUCUAUUGGUCGUUUCGUGAUUGUUGACAAACUGUUCGGAGCUUAGCAUCGAUUGGCAUAGCAUAGCGUAGUAUUGGUCGAGUUCCAACCUAUGUGUAACCUAUGAGUUUACACAGCUAUUGUAAUUUUUACCUUACUUAUUACCUGAUCGUAAUAUAUAUUUUGUAUAUUUUGUAUAUUAUGUAUACAUGUGCAUUAUCUAUAUUUAUAGUUUGGAAUAGACCUAAGACUAAGACUCGCAACGCAAAAUAAAGGCCAUAUUUUGCAAAAUUUCAAGUUAUUUACAAUUUUAUCAGAUAUUAGUGAAUCAGUUCUGUUUGGUCUGUCUGACCUGUUUCACUAAUAUCUGAUAAAAUUGCACAUUAUGAUCUGAUAUACAGAUAAAGUAACUGCUAGAUAAAUAUGCUUAAAGUUAUUUGUCAGUUAGUAUGGCUGAUUGGCAAAUAACUUCAGGUAGAUUCAACAAUUGAGAAACAUAAUUUGUAACACUAUCUGUUCGAUAUGUUCCAUUUACACUAUCAGAUACUUUAUGGUUUAUAGGUGAAAGAGGCCCUUAUAAAACAAAUUUUUCAGUAAUUUUAGCUCAAUUCUUAUAGUCGAAUCCAUAAUGACGGCUCCACACUAUCGCGGAUCAGUUCGCCGUACUCGGCAGAUUCGGCAUAUACAUAGUUAUCGCUGGUUUUUCAUUUCAGCAAAUAAAAAAAAACUGUGUGCAUUCGCGUCGCCAUCUGUCCGAGUUCGGCGAUAGUGUUUAGCUGGCAUAAUAAUUUCUUGAUCAGAAAUAAAGUUUAUUUACACUAAUUUAUUUAAACCGCACCACGAAAGAAGUCUUGGUCGCGGCGCUACUGUCGCUGGCAACAAAACGUGGCCGAACGGCUAUUUGUAGUUCCACAUAUCGCCGCGGGACUUUUUCGUGGCGUACACUCUAAUCAAUGUUGGAUAUAGAGAUUAGUGAUGUAAGAAUAAAAAACAGGAAAUCAGAUAUUUAAUAUCUUUCUCUUAAUAUAAUUAACAAUCUAUGUCUGUUGUAUACAGAAAAUAAAGUGUUUGUCGCAAA